AUGGACAACUUUUCCCCUGCAAACCCUAGCUCUGAGUUUUCUUCAGUGGCAAACAGCAGCAAAGAGAAGAAGAAAGGUGGGAAGAGAAGCAGAGGAGUGAAGCUCUCGACUGAUCCACAAAGCGUAGCUGCUAGGGAAAGGAGGCACAGGAUCAGUGACCGUUUCAAGAUCUUGCAGAGCUUAGUUCCUGGUGGGAGUAAGAUGGACACGGUGUCAAUGUUGGAAGAGGCUAUUCACUACGUGAAGUUCCUCCAAACUCAAAUUUGGCUUCAUCAAACCAUGAUCAGCUUCUUCGAUGAGGAUCCAUCUAGCUUAGACCUUGCUUCUUCUUUUCCUUCGCAACAGACCUUUAAUGCACAAAACAGUUUAGCGGACCAAGAGGAACCAUCACCACCAGUACCAUUGCCGAAUUCCAGCUUCCAAUCUCAAGAGACCUUGUCUUUGGAUCCUUAUGUGAAAUACUAUCAUUGA